AUGAACCCCUCGGAUCCCGCCAGCUUCAACCACAGGACCGCGCUGCUCUCCACCGGCCGCACCUACCACUUCGUCGACCAGGCGCCCGACGGGCACAAUCCCGAAACCGUGCCCACCAUCCUCUGCGUCCAUGGAUUCCCUGAUUUCUGGUACGGAUGGCGGUACCAGAUCGGUCCUUGGGUGAGGAAGGGCUACAGAGUCGUCGCCCCGGACAUGUUGGGCUACGGCGGGACGGACAAGCCCGCGGCCGCGUCUGAAUACUCUAUGAAAAAGCUGUGCGCCGACCUCGCUGCAUUGUUGGACCUGAUCGGCGUACAGAGGGUGAUUCUCGUCGGCCACGACUGGGGCGCCUACACCGCUUCUCGAUUCGCGCUCUGGCAGCCUGACAGGCUGCUAGCUCUGGUAAUAUUGUCGGUACCGUACGUGCCUCCGGCCCUGCAAUACCUCCCCCUCGAAGACGUGGUGAAACGCGUGCCCAACUUCGGGUACCAGCUCUACUUCGCGAGCGACGAGGCGACGCGCGAGAUCGAGGGCGCGCUGCCGCGGUUCAUGCGGCUCAUGUAUGGGCGCGAAAUCGAGUACUACGCCGCGCAGCUCAAGAGCAUGCACGGCCCGCUAUCGUACUACCGCACGACGAAGAUCCGGUUCGAAGAGGAGCACGCUGCGAACCUAAAGCCGGCGCUGCGUGCCGACCUGCCUGUGCUCCAUUUCUGGGGCACAAAAGAUGCCACGUCGACGCCCGCGCUGAUUAAGACUUCGAGGACGUUCAUACCUAAGCUGCAGGACAUCGCCUUCGAGGGCGUUGGGCAUUGGAUCAUGGUCGAGGCGAGGCAGAACGUGACGGAUAAGGUGUUGGAGUGGUUGGAGGUGUUGUCGUUGGUUCCGGGAUUGACGAAGUCUAAAUUGUAAAAAAUACGAUGUGCAACAUGGAUCACUCACGGCGUCUACAUGCGAGACUGCAUCACGACCAGAGGUCGACAAAAAGACGCUCGUCAGGAUAUCGAUAGCAAGGCAGAGGACAAUUGCGGAAUAAUCACAGAUGCCAGUCUAGAAGGACAUCGAUACCCACCUGUUGCCUGUUGCCUUAAGCGAGGUCAGUCGAAGACGAGGCAAAGAGGCGUGGUGGCCAGAUGGAGAGAGGUGAGCGGAGUCAAGGGACGGUCCCGCAGCGUGUCCCAACGCGGAGUUUCAAUUGCAUUGUGACUUUCUCUUGCUCAUCGUCCUCGCCGUCGUCCCCACCGCUCUCGACAUUCACCAGCACAUUUUCCCAUCUUUUUAUCACGUCUAGCUCGACUCCCCACUGUACCGCGACACAACUUCUAAUUUGCCAUACCCUCCCUGCUUUUCCCCUCGCAAGGCCAUCAUCAGCGACCGUUCCCAGUCUUCUUUGG